AUAGAAAAAUUUCCAACAAAAAAACUAGCGCAAAAAGUCAAGCUCACGUAAGAAAAUCUGAAAAUCUUUGGUGGACAGUAGAAAUCCCCGCUCCUUCCCGGAAACAGAUCUCCCCAUUCCACAUCCAAUUGAACAAUGAUUUUGGCUACGCGACCGCAUCAAAGCCAAACUUCCUCCUUCCUUCCGCCUCUUUUCCUUCCAUGACCGAACUCUUAUAAAAAUAUAUCUCCUCUCCUCCCUCUCCCAUCAACAACCCAGAGCCAAGCUUUUUUCUCAAUCUCUCCUCCCAAAUCUAUCUCAUCAAAACAUCCAAAACAGAAGGAAAAACAAAUGGAGAAGAAGACCACAAGCAAUCUCUUGUCUUCAGAACUCAUAACUAUUCUCAUCGUACAGUCCAUCAUCUCUUUUUUAACAAGAUUUCUCAAGCUAUCAUCAAGAUUUCUUUCCCUUAAUUGUUAUUCCUCAAGAGAUCACGUCGAUCAAGUAGCACCAAAGAGUCAUCUAACAGAAGCGACAAGAGCAGAGCAGGAAAUUUUCAAAAGCAGAGAAGCUGCAGAGUUGGUCAUGAGGAAUAUGGGGCUGAUCGGAGAAGAUGAGCAGCUCAGGGAUCUCAUGGUGUCAGAAGAAGUUUCUACCAUGUUCGAAGACAAGGAGCCGAGCUUUGAGGAAGUGAAAGAGGCUUUUGCUGUGUUUGAUGAGAAUGGUGAUGGGUUUGUGGAAGCAGGGGAGUUGCAGAGGGUUCUUUGCAAGUUAGGGUUUGUGAGAGAAGUUGGAUUGGAUUUGUGUAAGGAGAUGAUUUUCCUGCAUGAUAAGGAUGGGGAUGGGAGAAUAGACUUUGGUGAUUUUGUCAAGUUGAUGGAGAGCUGCUUCUGCUGAUUAGUUGGUGAUGGGUUCUCUCUGUUUUAAACUUCUUUUUGGUAAAUUUAUGUAUCAUAUUUGAAGCGAGAUUAGCUAUUGAAAUACUGCCUAAAGCCAGAAGGAAAGCUGUGAUUUACUUUUAUCCUCUUUACUUACAAUUAAGCAGGAGUUUUUUUUAUA